GCGCAGCGCUCGGUCCCGGCGGCUGUAGAGGGGAGGGGCGGGCGCCCAUGUCCGUCCCCUCGGGGCUGGGCGGCGGGCGGGGCGUAGCUCUGCGGGCGGCGGCGUUAAGGGCAGGGGCGGCCGCACUUGUUGCGGGAGGGUGGUGGUUGCUGUGCUCGGUGGCGGGGCAUGCCCCGGAGUUAGCGCGGAGAGGGGUGCCGAGGGGGGGGGACCGGCUAUAGGCCUGGCCAUGGGGCGGUACUCGGGGAAGACGUGCCGCCUCAUCUUCAUGCUGGUGCUUACCACCGGCUUCUUCGUGGCCGAGCUGGUGUCGGGCUACCUGGGCAACUCCAUCGCGCUGGUGUCCGACUCCUUCAACAUGCUCUCGGACCUCAUCUCCCUCUGCGUCGGUCUCUCCACGGGGCGCAUCGCCCGCCGCAGCCGCCGCGGCCCCCGCGCCACUUACGGCUACAGCCGCGCUGAGGCGGUGGGGGCCCUCAGCAACGCCGUGUUCCUCACCGCGCUCUGCUUCACCAUUUCCGUCGAGGCCAUCCUGCGCCUCGCCCGGCCGGAGCCCAUCGACGACGCGCAGCUGGUGCUCAUCGUCGGCACCCUCGGCCUCGCCGUCAACCUGGUGGGGCUCCUCGUCUUCCAAGACUGGGGCGUCUGCUGCCGCCGCCGCCCUCCUGCCGCGGUGCCCGCUCCGGCCGUGCCCAGCGGUGCCCCAGCCGGGGAGGCCGAUGAAGCAGGUGAUUCACCCAAUGACCAAAAAAGCCCUGAGGAGGGGUCUGAGAAGAAAAAAGAAAAGAAGUCCGAAGCCUUGAACAUCAGAGGUGUUCUUUUGCAUGUUAUGGGAGAUGCACUUGGAUCUGUGGUUGUGGUAGUUGCUGCUACAAUCUUCCAUGUACUUCCUCUGGGAGAUGCUCCGUGUAACUGGCAGUGCUACAUUGAUCCAAGCCUCACAAUAAUUAUGGUGUUCAUCAUCUUGUCUUCUGCAUUCCCACUUAUCAAGGAGACCUCAACUAUUUUGUUGCAGAUGGUUCCCAAAGGUGUUAAUAUGCAACUACUGACUGAUGAACUGGCUCGUGUACCAGGGGUGAGCAGCCUUCAUGAGGUGCAUGUCUGGGAGCUUGCAGGUGGGAAGAAUAUUGCUACUCUUCACAUCAAGUGCCAAACCCCUGCCGAUUACCAAGAUGCUGCUUAUAAAAUACGGAAGAUUUUCCAUGAUGCAGGGAUCCAUUCUGUGACCAUCCAGCCCGAAUACACUGACCACAAGAACUCCCAGAUACUGUGCAGCUCACCCUGCAUCUCAAAAGCUUGUGACUCUCAGCUGUGCUGCAGUCAGCGGGAACCUCAUCUGGCUAAAACUAAUGGCUAUACUGAGAAAAAUGAUAGUUGCCUUUCUGCAGUGCAUAAAGACAAUGGUUCCAGGAAAAACGAUGUUGAAAUACCUAUCGAGUACCCACUGGCAGAAGAUAGCAUUAAAAAUGUGAAAAAUUGUGAUGGCAAAUCCAUGUUGAGCAGUACACGGCUUUAGGCAAUUCCCCUCUACUCUGCAUCAUGUUCUCACAGAACAAUUCUGUCCUGGCUGGGAAGGGGGUUGUAGCUGAAGCUGAUGUGGCAAAAAGUUUUCUCUGCUUUAGCUGUAAACCAAAAUACACCUAAAUAAGGAUUCAUAUUUCCAUGAAGUGUGUUCUGAUGCAGCCUAACACAGUUCCUUCCCAAACCAUGUGUGAGUCUCUGUUGUUAGACUGAAUUGGGGUGUUUUGCUGUCUGCACUGAUGCUCGCAGUUAAUGGCCAGUGGCACUGGGAAUGAAAAUCUGGCCUUUUCUGCUGAAGUGAGCCAUUUCCUGAAAGCCCUGUGGCCAGUUAAUGAUUCUACUGGGCUGAAGUACUGUAUAUUUAUAAAGGACUUCAGUAGAGAUGCUUUACUGAUCCUGAAACCCCAUUUUUUUUGCGUAGACAGUUCAUGUUUAACAUAAUGCUUGUGCUUCUGGCCAGUGGAGUAUGUGAAUGAAAUUAGAGAGUCUAAGGAAUAUGGGAAAUACUUGGGAGUUUUGACUUGCAUUAUUUUCUUGACUGAUUCCUGUAUUUAAGGAAUGUAUUUAAGAGCAGAAGCUGGUCUUGCUUCUCUACUACUGGUGUCCUAGCCUAAUCACAGAUAAAUGUGCUUAAGAGUAGACUUCUCGUCAUGAAAGCAAAGAAAUACUUUUAGUAUCAAUUCUAGCAAACAGAAACACAGGCAGUCAUCCAGUUAACUUUUAUCUUGUUUACUGCUGUGAUUACAACUCAGUGGUUCUUUUUUUUCUCUUGACAACAGAAGGUAUCAUAGCCACAGUCUUAAUUCAUCAUUGCACAGGAUGAUUGCAGUAUCUUUAAUGAGUGUCUGUCAUUACUCAUGCUGAAUAAAUAAGCUAAUGUGUUUAUUGUGAACAGUUAAAAUUCUACAGUUUUACUAAGAAGACAUAAUUUAAUAGUGCAUUAAUUAAGAAAGUCCCUUUAAAAUUUUAUAUGCAGUAUUAUCAGAGGGAACUAUGCACAUUGUAUCCAGAAGCUUUCAAAUGUAUUUUGCUGUCAAAAGCAGCCUUUCAAUGGUAUGUGUGGCCUGGGCAGGCUAUUUUAUUCGUUUAUUCAGGAGAACACCUUUAUAAAUUAAAAGCAUCUUUACUUCAGUGACACCUUAACAGAAAGGGCAAAUUGAUUUCCUGCCUGGGCUGGGAAAACACAAGGACCUCCUUGUAGGGCUGGCUUUAAAGCAGCCAAUUUCUUAUUAAUAAGGAUGAUUACAUUAAGUCAAUGACUAUUACAACACACAGCAAGAUAUUUUGCUGCUUGCAAGAUGGUAUUUACUGAACCAGUGAUUCCAGUCUAAAUAGCACAUUUUGAGAUCUGUAGUUAAACAGAUUCUUGGGCAAAUUAAUAUAUUUUAUAGCUUUCCAUUGUAAGUUUUUAUAAUAUAAACUAAAUUAUGUGUUAAUAUAAUUAAAAGCUUGAUCCUCUAGUCUGAUUCUGUUAGCAGCAGAGGUGAAAGCAGCAGGAUCUUGCUUGGCAGUUAUUGCACAAAUUAAUGUAAAUCAGGAAACAUUUAAAGAAUUGCUGUGUCUUUUAAAAGUGUGUGGCAUAAAGUAAGACAGUUCUGUCCUUUUUGUCCUUAUUUUCAUCUAUGAUGAUGUUAUUUACAUCUAAACCUCGACAUUAAAACAAAUAUAUUUACAGGGGUUAUUUUGAGAUCUGGAAUAAAAGGCUUCCAAAAUACCAACAAAGUCAAGGGGAGAGCUUGCUUCCCAGAUAUACUCUAAAAACAAGUACCCUUUCAUAAUUAUUCAUUUAUGUCUUAAAUCAGGUAAUUUUUAUAUGUAUUAUUAAAUGGUUGAAGAUGGAAUGGCAGUGUUGUUUAUUCGGGGAUUAGGGAAAAUAAGUAUAUGAUGUUGGGGCAUUUGACAAAAUGGACCAUCUCUUUCUUUGUUCUGCCAGUGUUUGUUGAAACUGUGUUUAUCUAUUUUUUAAGCUUUUAAAAGUGUUGUAACCCCAAAAUACAAUGAAGUAACAUUCUUAGACAUUUUUUCUUGUCUGGUUGAAUGUACUGUAAUUGUUGCCUGUGAAUAAAUAGGAAAAUACCAGGGAUUAUAGAAAUCUUCAGGUCUGGAAAACAAUCAGAUUUAACAUUUGCAUUAUUGCUUAAGCAAGCAAGACCAACAGAGCUAUGUUAUUGAUGAGAUGAGCCAUGUUUUUUCCUGUGUAGGGAUUUUAAGGGUAUUCAGCUAAGGUUUCUGACCUGGUAUCCUUCCUUUUAGUCCCACAAUAAAAUAUCUUUCUCCUUCGUUUGAAACGUGCCACAGCUUGGCUGUACUGGGUGGCCCCUCUCUGCAUCUGUAGAAGACUUCCUUCCAAUCAGUGUGUAUUUUGUACUGGCUUAUUUCCCUUCAGUUCUUGGCAUACUUCUUCCAAUUCACUCGAAGUAGGCUUACCUCAUUUCAAAAUACAAUAUAUUUCAAGUAUCUGCCUUUAUCUGUGGAUCUUGUUCUAGAUUCAGUUUUGUAGCCUACUGCACUGUCA